CAGCGGGCGAAAGGUGACUGCUGACUUCAUACUAAGCUGCGACAUCAUCAUCUAUAUAUAACAUCCGUUCAAAAAGUGAACUGGUUAUGACUUGACUGUGAUCCCCACUUUGUCCACACAAGGACAGAGUGAUCAUUUGUGUAUCUGGAUCUUAACAAUUGCGACCGAAUGGUGGACAUCAUGGCAACCUCUCAGGGGCAGAGUCAGGUGUCCGAGGCCCUGAAACAGUAUGUUCAAAAGGACCUGAAGGACAAACAGAUUCUGGUGGUCCCUGAGGGCAAGUACAAAGGCUGGGUUCCCCGAAGUAUCUACAGUCUAGAAUUGGACGAAGUUUGUCUCCCUUUCCUCAGGCUCCAGUCCUUUCCUGUAGGUGGCACCUCUCUAGGAACUUUAACUAAAAUGAGGGUGUUUGAAGCAGUGGGAAACUACCUAUUCAAGCUUCCAUCAGCAUUUGGGAACUGUAAAGAUUUGAAAACUUUGAAUCUUAGUUUUAAUUACUUCAACCGUUUGUCUCCAUCUGUUUUCAAGCUUGAAAAUCUGACAGAGUUGAAUGUAAGUAACAAUGAGCUUACAGAGUUGUCUUCUGAUGUUGGCCAAUUAAAGAAUUUGAAGACUUUGGACCUGAGCGGGAACAUGUUGUCGGCAGUGCCUGAUGAGCUAUCCCAAUGUAAAAGUUUAGAAAAUGUUAACAUUUCCAGAAAGUGGUACCCUCGGGACGGUGGGAUGACAGAGCUACCUGGUGCAGCAUGCAACCUGCCAGAAUUGCGCCAACUUGAUGUUAGUUGGCACCAAAUUCAUACUAUUCCUGACAAUGUGGGUUCUCUGACCAAGCUACAGUAUCUCAACCUUAAGGGUAACUUCUUAAAAAAUGUGUCUGAAAACAUCACACAGUGUGUUCGUCUACAAGUAUUAGAUUUAUCUGGAGCUAUGAAACUCAAUUCUGUGAUCCCAGAGCAAAUCAUGAUGCUCUCUGAACUAAAAGUACUUAAUUUAAGCGGAAACUACUUUACUGAACUACCCAAAGAAGUGGCAGGUCUGAAAAAGCUAGAGAAAUUUGUGAUGCGAAGAAAUGCAUUAUUACGACUGCCUGAUGCUAUUUUUGACCUGGAAUUCUUAGAAACCCUUGAGCUGAGUGACAACUAUUUAUAUGAAAUCCCGCCAGCUGUUGCCAAUUUGAAAAAUAUUCGGUAUAUCGACUUACAAGGAAACAAAUUAACAGGAUUACCAAAUGAGAUUGGCAGGUGUUUCAGUCUGAUACAUUUGUCUGUAGCAUGCAAUGAGUUAACUAGUGUGCCAGAUACGAUAUGUAGACUUUCUAAACUACAGGAGUUGAGUCUAGAACACAAUCAAUUGAAGGAACUUCCAAUGUUAUUGGAUAAACUAGCCGUCUUGGAAAAAACUGGGCGCUUAAGUGUGUAUGACAAUUAUCUUUCCAAACCACCACAGGAGAUUUGCAAUCAAGGAGUUGUCUCCCUUUACCGAUACCUAAAAGAGAUGAGAAUUAGUGAGGCAAAACAUCGUCGUAAGAUGAUUUUGAUUGGAGCAGCAAAGGCUGGAAAGACAAGUCUGAGGAAUGCUUUGAUGCUGGGUCAUUCAAAACUGGCGGCAGAGCAUGAAAGGACAUGGGUCUUGGAGCGCCAUCUGUGGGAACCUGAGCCAAGUCUUCGAGUGCAGAUUCUGGACUUUGGGGGCCAUCACAUCUAUUCUGCAGCUCACCACAUGUUUCUGACACCAGAGGCACUGCACUUGGUAGUAUUUGACCUCUCCAAGUAUGAUGAGGAAAAAUAUGACACCAUGGUUGGAGACUGGAUUGAUGCCAUUGCUGAUCGAGCUCCAGGGGCGCACAUCAUGGUAGUGGGCACACAUGCUGAUCUCUGUCCAAGUGACAUUGUUAAAUCAAGGAUCAAUCAUAUCUUACAGAAGAUGAACGCUGAUGAGAAAGCUAAGAUAGAUGAUCUCAAGUUGUCUCUAGAGAAAGCCAAAACAGAGCUUAUCAAUCUGACGGGCAAGGAAAGCAACACCAAGUUUGAGGACAUUGAUGCCCAGAGGAAGCGAGAUAAAGUCAGUGGUCUGCAGCGUGUGUUAAAUAUGCGAGUAACCUUAGCCAGUAGGGUCGAUGUCGUCAGUUGUGCAGACACACUAGAUGGUGUGGAUAAUCUGCGUGCAUCACUUCAGCAGAAACUGAAGGACACGGAUGAAAAACCCCUACCUAAGUCCUGGUACAAAUACCUGCUCGGUAUUCAGAAAAAGACACAGAAAAUUCUACACAGGCAACAGGCACUGAAUAUCUUCAAAGAUGUCAUGGAAACCAUGAACCAGUCAAUGAUCGGGAUGGAGGGGUCGGCAGAAUCUAGUUUGGAUAUGGUACUGCGAUACCUCCACUCUACUGGCGAAAUUGUCUGGUAUCAUGACAAUCCGCGUUUGAGCAGUAUCAUCUUUCAUCGGCCAGAGACUCUUGUCGAAAUGUUGAGGGCCAUAUUCCGGCAUGACUUUGAGAAGGUCGUCCAAUUUAAUGACACUUAUGGACGCCUGGCCAACAUAAGCCUGCACAAGUUUGAAGAGAUGAAGGCAGACUUUUUGGAACAAGGUCUGAUGACGGUGGAGCUUCUUCACUACUGCUUGUUACACUUCCAGCUCACCACAGAUGCACGUGACAUGUUCAUCGACCUCAUGCUUAAGUUUGACCUUUGUUACGAGGUACCAAAACUAGCUGGAGCACCAAUGACAUUUGCGUCUAACAGGAUCCUCCGUUUCCCCUGGUUCCUUAACAGUGAAACUCCACCUAAUCUCUCUACCCAGUGGCCAUUAGCUAUUCCUUCAGACAUAAUUCAGUUAUGCUAUCGUCUCCAGUUUAAGAAGAGGCUACCUCCAAAUUUAUUUGAAAAGUUCUCAGCUCGUCUUCAGGCUCAUAUCAUGAAUCGAUGCGACUGGAAAAACGGUGUGUUGGCUACUCGUAAUCGUACAAAGUUACUAGUUACCAGGGAGACGGUGGAUAUGUCGUCGGGUAGUCGUGUAGAUGUGUCUGUGUCUGUACGUGGAAGUGACUUGCAGGAACUGUGGUUAGUGAUGCUAAGGACCUAUGGUGAUAUGAUCACACUUUUACAGGAGUGGCCCUUCACUCGGUACGAACAGUGGCUUUUAUGUUCCCAUUGUCUGAUCCUGGGCGAUGAUGAUCCCUUCCUCUACCCAGGCGAGGUACUUCAGAAUUUGUGUCCACGUGGCCACUACCAGACAAUGUCUUGUAGGAAGGCAAAGGAUGUACCAAUACCUGCCUGUUUCCUCUUUCCCCUUGACCCAGACUAUCAAGAAGACAUUGCAGAACACAUUAAGGUGGUGAAGGAGUUCCUACUCUCUACAUAUGAUACUGUUGAUGGAGGUGGCAACUACAUACAAAGGCUGCUGUCAAACCUGGGUCUGAGCUACAUUGCAGCGCGAUGUGGUGCAGAAUGGUCCCUAAUGGCUUUAGCAUUGGGACUGACCCAGCCAGAGAUAGAACAGAUACAGUUAGACAAUCCCUAUCAGACAGUCAAGCAGAUCACCACAGCACUGGUUCGCUGGCGGGAUAGAAAACACAACACAACAGAGGAGGAUGUUCUACAUGGCUUGCUGACUGCACUACAGACUGCCGGUAGACAGGACCUAGUCGACGAUCUGGAGGACAAGUUCCAUAUACAAGUGAAUACGUAAUAGUUCAACAGUGCUACCUCAUACUCCUGCAGCCUUCUACAGUUAUAGUUGAGCUUUGACCAAGACAACCUUCCCAAGUUAUGCUGGUUGCCUUGAAAACAACUUACUCCAGAAAAUCUGAUUGUUUGUGAGGAGAUCUAGAGGUACUCAAUACUAUAAAAAAAAACAGUUGGAAAUAAAAUCUGCUGGCUCUCAACAAGAGGAACCAAAUCCUAGCAAAAGAAUGUUAGGAAAUGAAAUAUGUUGGAUUGUUAGGAAAUAUACUAAGGAACAAUGAUAAUACUAGAACUCGAUGGCUUUUUUUUCUUAGUGGUCCAAAUGGUUUGAGCGAUCAGAUCGGAAUUUUUGUUUUUGAAAUUAGGACGAAACUAGGUGUCCUAUGUUGUCUUUUAUGUUUCAUUAGCCAUGUAAAAGACUUUAAAAACCUGUAAUAUAUGCGUUCUUCAGGUGUGUUAAGAUUUAUAUAUUUGAAAGUAUGUAUGUAGGUACUGAUUUGUCCGCAUAAACAAAACUGCCCUAUAUUUCAGACUUAGAUAGGCCAUUAAAAAUCUGUUGACAGAAACAUUUGAAAAGAAAAGAAAAUUAAUAUUGAAAUAAGAUUAUUGCUUUUACUGUUCAUAUUUUCUUAACAGCUGAAAUGGAAAGAGUUAUUCUGAUUCUGUACAUCAGAAAUAUUGUUAAUGUUAGUAUAACCUUUGACUAGAUCCGUAGUUUUAGAAAAAAAAUACAGAAUAAUUUAUAUGUAAUUAAAGUAUUGUUGAGUGAUUUUUUUUUAAGUUUACUAAACAGUCAUUGGUUAAAGCUGGUGUUCACAUGUUUUCCAGUUCUUUUGGCAACUAUACUUUAAAGUGCUGAAUACUUUUUAUAACUUAUGUAACCUAUUGUGAUAAAAUGUAUAUAUGAUUUGUACCUGUAUGUAGGGUGCUGUAAGACCAGAGAUGUGUAAAAUGUAGCUUGUAUACAUCCAAAAUGUAUUGAGAUCUUCAAUUCGACAUGGGGAUAUUUUUCAAUUCUUUGUGUAUACAUGUAUGUGCGCUUGAGUGAUUAAAAUUCUUAGUUUUGAAUUUACAUUUUCUAUAUACAAAAUGUAUCUGCUGUAGUGUUGAAUUAUCAAAUUUACUUAGAUUUUUUUACUGCCGAAAAAGAAACGUUACAUGUACAAUGUAUGUAAAUUUGUGUUAUAAAUGUAUCUUUUUUUCACAGCAUAAAGAAAAGUUUCAAUGUCAAAUACAUUUGACAAAAAGUUUUUGAUGAAAUAUUUUUUUGUGAAAAUCAUGUUUUUUGACUUUUCAGAUCACAAGGUUUUUUGAUUUUGUAAAAAAAAAAAAAAAUUUAUACAUCAAUUAUAAAAAUAUCACAUGCGUCACCUUUUGAGGAAACAUCAACAUGUACUUCAUACGGUUAUUACUAUAUGGUUAUUACUAUAUGGUUAUUACUAUACGGUUAUUACUAUACGGUUAUUACUAUAUGGUUAUUACUAUAUGGUUAUUACUA